AUGGACAUGCAACAAGUUGUCCAUAUUGAUGAAAAAUGGUUCUACUUGAACCCAGAAACCAGGAGGUUCUACCUCCUUCCAAAUGAAGCAAACCCAUACAUGUGCCAACAGUCCAAAAGGUUUAAAGUCAAGGGCAUGUUCAUGGCAGCCAUUGGGAAGCCUAUUUUUAACCAACAAGGAGAAGUCAGACAUGAUGGAAAGUAUGGUAUUUAUCCAUUUGUGUAUGAAAGCACAGCAAAGAAAAAAAGCAAAAACAGGGAAGCUGGUGUGGUGGAAAUCAAAGCUACACAAAAUGUCAACAAAGAAGCCAUAAGGGCAAUGCUAUUGAACCAUGUAAUUCCAGGCAUCAAAGCUAAAUGGCCUUCCAAUCUACCCAAGGACAUAUGGAUACAAUGGGAUAAUGCCAGACCCCAUCAAGUUCCUAUGGUUGAGGAAUUUCAGGCAGCCUGUCAGUCAGAUGGAUUCAACAUUGAAUUCAUAUACCAGCCCCCUCAGUCCCCAGAUUUAAAUGUGCUAGAUCUAGGGCUGUUCAGUGUGAUACAAUCACUACAAUACCAAUCAUUCUCAAAGAAUUUAGUGGAACUCAUAGAUAGGGUUAAAGAAGCAUAUGAGUUGUUCAACCCAGUGUUGAACAAAUAUUGUUGGAUAACCCUACAAUGCUGCAUGGAAGAAAUACUCAAUCACCUAGGGGGGAAUAACUUCACCCCACCACAGAAAGGGAAGAAGAGGCUAGAAAGGAUUGGGAUGCUACCAGAAAUUUUAGAGGUGGACAGGAGGGUGGUUCAACAAGCUGUUGACUACCUCAACACCAUUUUCAUAUCAACUGAUCAAGCAAAUGAAGAAGAUGAAGGGAUGCAAGUUGAUGCAGACUAA